AUGGGAGACCUCUCCAGCCUCCGAAAAGAAGAUCCACGCUAUGGUACAGGAACUCCAUUCAACUGUAUUGGCAAAUUUCCACACGAUCAUGGCGGCUCUCUACAGAGACAUCUAAAUCCUGGGAAGAGGACUGAUCACAUAGAAACCACAUUAGAUAAGUUGCACACUGCUCAUAACAAGAUGUACCUGACCUCGGAGCACUAUAAGAUGCUCUCUAAACUGACAGAUGUUGAAGACAGGUAUUGUCAUCAUAACAUCAACAAUACACCAGAGUUGAUCUCCCAAUCUUACUUACAAAAUUACCUGACCUCACUCUUAAAAGCCUUACUGCCUGCAAUGCCAAACAGUGACUGGCUCAUUGAUAGGGCCCAUCUCCUUCCCAAGUAUAGGAACAUCACAGACGACACCUUCACAAAUGUAGUGGUGCACCUACAUGAAGGCCAAAGAAGCCUUAAUGUAAGCCGCACAGAAAAUGUCCUUGAUGCUGGAACCCUGUGUAAGCCUUUCACUGUGUGUGGACUUAUUAUCCGCCACCAUGUCGAAAACCAAGAAUUUGCAAAGGUUAACACUCAUCGCCGCAAGAAUGCCAUCAAUUGCCAGUGGGGAUAUUGCACUUAA